AUAUUAUGGUUGAUUUAUACCUUGUAGGUGGGCAGAAACUUCUUGCCAACCUCAGAGACAGCCUCCUCGACCGUCUUGGACUCGAGCAGACUCAUGAUGAAGUAGAAGCAGGUCAUGGCACCCGGUGUGUACGAAAUGGACUCCACCGCCGCUUUAAUUAUGCCCGUGCGCAGUGAGGUCUGCGGCCACAUGGCGCUGGACACCUUCAGAUAAAUGAAGCACAGCACAAUUAAGAGAUAUAAUCCUCACGGCUCUGGGAGAGGGUCGGCGCUCCUUACCUUAACCCAUCCAUACAGUGUGGGUGCCACGAAGAGGCCACCGUACAUGCUGAAGCGCAUCACACGCCACCAGUCAUAGUUGCCUGCAGACAGAUGGAGGAUAACAGAAGUCAAAACCAAGGGGGAGGAGGAGGAUAGGGUGCAUCACACUCACCCCAGCUCUUGCCCUCGAAUGUCUGCUGGAUGAGGCUGCCCGAGGGCCAAAUCAGGCUGUACGAUAUCAUGCCCCUCGCUAUCGGAUACCUGUUUUGUAUAUAAUUUGCAUGCCUAAUCAGCACCUGUCCUACUCUGUGGCGGAAUGCGGGCCCACACCGACGACCCACCCAUAAAUUGCCAGACACCACUGCCGUUCCACGUAUACGGACAUCCAACAUGGCGCUGUGCGGACCGAUUGGCCUGCUCCUGAUGGCUUCCGCCUGCGUGAUCGGAGUCUUGGCGGACGAUGGAAAGAUUGUGAAUGGAACUACCGCAUCGCCGGGCGAGUUCCCCUUUGUGGUGUCGCUGCGUCGCGCCAAAAGCGGUCACCAUUCGUGCGGGGCCACGCUGCUCAAUUCGGACUGGGUGCUGACGGCUGCACACUGCGUGAAGGGUUCGACGCCACAGCAGCUGAACCUGCAGUACGGCAGCCAGAGUUUGGCGAGAAAUGCCAGCAAAGUAGUGCAGGUGGCCGCGAUCCAUGUGCAUCCCGGCUAUGAGCCACAGGACAAGUAUGUGAACGACAUUGCCCUGCUGCAGCUGAAGGAUUCCGUUGUCCUGGGCACACGCGUCCAACCGGUUCGCUUGCCGGACCCGGAGCAGCCGACACUCGCCAACAGCAGCGCCGUGCUCGCUGGCUGGGGAUUAAAUGCGACAGGAGGCGUGGUGCAGCAGCAGCUGCAGAAGGUCCAGCUGCAGGUGUUUAGCGACGCUGAUUGCAGCGAGCGUCACCAGACUCAGCUGCACGCCAGCCAGAUCUGCGCCGGAGUGCCCGAGGGCGGCAAGGGCCAGUGCAGUGGCGAUUCCGGUGGUCCGUUGCUGCUUGUCGGUUCGGACACACAGAUCGGUAUUGUGUCCUGGAGCGUGAAGCCCUGUGCCCGUCCGCCCUAUCCUGGCGUUUUCACAGAGGUGUCUGCUCAUGUAAACUGGAUUGUGGAGACGGUGGGUGCUUCCGCCUCCACGUCGUCGUGGCUCUGGAUUGGUCAACUGAUUGUGGGCCGCACGCCGCCAGUUUUGUCGUCCUAAAGUCGUAUCAACCCACUU